CUCGAAUGUUUUAGUAAUAUAAACGUUUGCACAUUUUACCAAGCUUGCUACUUCAUCGUCUCUAGAUCUAUGCUUAUACCUUUAAAUCGAUAGUGAUGUAAGAGCACGAACUGAUCAGGAUUGACAAAAACUUGAUCAAGUUGAUAUAUAUGUUAUUUCAAAUGGAUUCAAAAGUUUAAUAAGCCUGCAACAUGAAAGUAGGAAACUGGAAAAUGAUGCGCACUGCAGAGGACGAAUAUUGUGUGACGUUAACGAACGAUAUAUAUAUGCACUAGAUCGACUAAUUUAACAUUAUUCGAUUUUUCACAGGAUAUCAACAUUUUUAAGGAUUCAUACGUCACAGCUGGUAUAAAUACAGAAGGCAUUUCCCACAAGCCUCUGUUGUUGCCUGUCAUUUGAAGAAGCCGGUCGCGUGUAGGUGGUGUUCCCCUUUUGGCCAUUACACACUAUCUGUGCAGUGAUCAUAACAGCAUAUCAGUCUUGAAUGACGCUAGAUAUAUCUAAAACGUCAUUAAGACGCAGACAGCCGAUUUCCCGCAAGAAAUUUGGCGAGAAGCUGGGCAGAUUUACGAAGCAACAUCCCGACCGCCAUUAAGUCAAGGGGAUACCUGAGUCAGCAUUUUUCCAAACAAAAUGGAAAACGGUGCUAUGUUGGAUGCGACAUGGUUGGAGGAGACAUGUCAACUGACAGUCCCGCCCCAGGGCGACUCCCUGGAGUUCAACACGGACGCGGACGACGGGAUUCUUGCGCUUCAGGGCCUAAUUACCGCUGACGGUGACAUUAUCAGCGGCAGUGACGACACACCUGGACUGUCAAGGAAAGAUUUUCUUUGGCUUAGUCCUGCAGAUGCCCCGUGCGCAAGCGAUCCACCGUCCCCCGAGGACCCAGUGCGAGUUCCUGGCGUUGCAGUGGACCAGUUGGACUUCUUCGACAUGAUUAAUGAAGGUGAGGACGUGGGUUCUGCUAUCGACCCUAACGAUGCUUUAAACGUUCUCUUAGAGACUCUCUCUAGUGUAUCAGAAGCUCCCUCAUCACCCCCUGCCUCCUUGAUUUCCUGUGAUUCAAGCUUUGGCUUCACCGACGAAGAACUGGUGAGCCUGACAACCCCAGAGCUUAACCGUCGCCUUAAAGGACUGUCUAAAGAAACCGUUGCCCUAGCUAAGAAGAGGAGACGUACCCUUAAAAACCGCGGGUACGCCUCUAACUGCCGCGCCAAGCGCUCUCACACAAGGCAGAGCCUUCAAGAGGAGAAUGGCAACUUGCAAAGGGAGGUUGAAAGACUACAGAAACAGCUCAGUGAGACGAAAAAAGAACUGACAUUUUACAGAAAGGAGUGUGAAAAACUUAAAAAACAGAAAGAGGAUUGAGGAGAGGACUUUAACUGUUGCUGCAGUAACCCUCAUUACUGGACUUUGAUUCUUUGAAGGCAGAGGGCAGCAAGUGCACAGGAUCUGAGGACGCCGAAUGAUAUGAUGUGAUAAAACUGACAUGGGAUGAUAAAACUGACAUGGGACAUGUCACUUUAAUGAUGGAAUGAGGUCACUGAUAAGACUGUACUAAAACAUUGUAUGGUCACUCCAUUCAGCUUAUUAGUGACAACACUGCAACAUUGAACAGAAUCAGAUGUACAGUGUACAGAGUUGUUAUGACUGUGUAAGUGAUUGUGGAUUGCGUAAGAAUGUAUUAUUUCAUUCAUAGUGAUAUAUCUUCAAAGGGUUAAAAUGGUUACAAAAAAAAUCACAAAAUUGAAAAAACAAAACUGUUGUUUAAGUGUGAGUAUGCCAGCUUUAUUGUGCUUUGUGGAUAGCCACAGUGCUGAUGCAUUUUAAACAUUACUCAAAGAGUGCAAUUAUAUUCUUUGUGCAAUGAAGUCUGUUAAGUUAGUGUAAUUUGCUUACAGCCAUUAAUAAGAAGAGGUCACCAUUGCACAAACUCAUAACAUCAUUUAAGAAUGUAAGAAAUAAAUAUUCCAUCUUUUAGAUGUGAUAAGUAGCCUAUGCAAAGCUCACAGGAGCCCUGCUUAACCAUCAAAAGGCUAUCUUUAGAAGAAAUCUCGACUUUGUCAUGUAACAUGGACUAUGUUAAGUUUUAAACUUUUUUUAAUAUGUAACUUAUUUGUAACAUAAGGUUAAGUGAACAAGUGAAAAACAAACAAAAAAGCAACAAGACAGGCAACCAACAAAGCCUCAAUAACUCGUUAGUUCCCUGUCACUGCUACUCUAAUUUUUAUAGAUAAUUAUUUUACCAGUGACAGGGAUCUUAUGAAGAGUAAGGCAUUUAAAUAUAUUAAUUAUAGAAAAAAAACCUUUCCAUUUUAAGGAAAGAAAAAAAAAUUGUAAAAAACUAAAGUUAUAAAAAAAAUACCAAAGGCCAGAUACAAUUGAAUCUGAGCCUCAGAUAGUGACAUUGCUGACUAAAUGUCUCUUUGUCAAGGUUGGAUCAAGUUUGACUUGAAAGAUCAUUGUGAAAGAUCUGCUAUUAUAGGAUAGGGUUAUAUUCGCAAGGAGACAUCUAGUCAUACCUCAAAACCAUCAGGGGCAGUCAGAAUUAACUGAUCUGUAAGCCCUGUGAAAGACUUCCCAACUUUGCCAGUAAGAAGGACAUGAGAAAAACAAGUAGACCCAAAAGUUUAUCAAAUGUAUUUAAUUAUUCUUGAGUGUUCUUUUAGUUGUUUGCAAACCUCUUACAUGAAAAAGUGAUGAAGAGGUUCUUUUUUAUUGAUCAAGUUUGCUAUUGUAAAACAGUGGAUACUUGUAUUUUAUAUUCCUCUGUAAUAGAUCCUGUUAUUUAUAUUGGUAUGUUAUCCAACUUUUACUCAGGUGUUUGUAACAAAUCUGCAGAUUUUUAAAUUAGCCUUUUAGACAACUUUAGUGUGAAUGUGAACUGUAUGCACGAGGAAAAGAUUUAUUUUUAUUUGUUAAUGUUUUGUAAAUUAAAAGUGUAAAUAAUGUACAAAGUAAUAAUAAUAUGAAUGGGAGAGAGCAAGAGCGAAUGUGAAGAAUUUUAAAUACAAAACCAUUGUUUUAAAUGGUAAUUAUACAAUAUUUAGAACACCAAUAUUAUAUGUUUGAUAAUCUUUUGGGUUGAAUAUGAUGAUGAUGCUCACUGCAGCAUUUGAUAUGCAUUUUGUGUUGUUCCCUCCAGACAUGCCUGGGCUUGCUUCUCUUGAGCAAGGAAUUGAGAAUGACUCAUCAAUUUAUGCACCUGCAGGAUUAAUGAGUAUGGUAGGCCUAUCUUUGCUGUUUGGGACAACACACAAUUAAGUUACUUUUCCAAGUAUUAAAUACUGUGAAUUGUAAUGAGGAGAUGUUUGAAAAAGAAAUGAAUGGAUGUGGAAAUUAAAGCAUUGAAAAAUCCA